AUGGGACCGAGUGAAAGCAGGGAAGGCUCUGGAAACAAUAAGGAAAAUGGUCGCAUCAAAAAACAAAAUGAGAAAAAUGGUGGUGACUUGCGUAAGGACAAGGUUGGCUGGUCCACUGUUGCUGCAAUUGCAACUGGCGCUGUGGCAGGAGCGGCUCUGCUGGCCUAUGGUAUAUUUAGUCUGGCUUCAGGUUUAGGUUCAGGUUCAGAUUCUGAGCAGGAGGAGGAGAUGAUGAUUGCUCCGGGCACCGGCGGACUUGAACAAAUCCCUAGGGCUGUAUUUGAGCGUAACCCUGGAGACUAUUUCAGAGAGCUUCGCCGCAAAUAG